AUGGCCUACGAAGUUUCUUCCAUCGUCUACCCAGCUUACACUCCAGUGGCUCCUCCGGUCUACUCUGUCAGCACUCCCCUCGUCAGUUCCAUUCCUACUCCCAGCCAGUCUUCGGAGUCCAGCAAGAUGCCUUCCACUACGACCACCUACGUCACUUCGGCCUUGACCAUGACAUCCUAUGUCACUGCUCAUUACAGCGCCUCUCCCGUGCCCAAGAAGUGCGACAAGGACAUCAUCGGUACCGUCCAGAAGCUUCCUCAAUCCGUCCAGACCUACGUCUUCGAGGCCAUCUCCAGCAGCAAGUGCAGCCCCUGCGACUACGCCUGCAUCUGCGGUGAUCUUCAUGGCAAGGACGUCGCCGGCAAGGUCAGCAAGGGCUGCAGCCAGCCCGACUAUGAGACUUACAUGGCCUUUGAGAAGGAGGUCUGCGAGGCUCAUCCGUCUUACCCUACCUCGAUCAUCGUCACUCCUACUCCUUACCCCGAAAAGAACAAGACUCAGGAGAUGACCACGUACACCACGACCACUGUCUGCCCCAUUACUACCGACGGAAAGGUCACUACCACUACCAGCACCAUCACCGUCACCUCCUGCAAGGCCUACUGCACUGCUCCUCCCCCGCCUCCUCAGCCCCCUGUCUACCCCACUGGCAACAACGUCACCAGCCCCAAUGUGCCCGAGUACACCGGCGCCGCGGUCGCCAACGCUCCCGCUGUUCUCCUCGCUGGUGCCGUUGGUAUCUUCGGCUGGGCUUUCGCUGCUCUGUAG